CUGAUCUGGAGUCAGACGCGCUACCGUUGCGCCACGAGGUCCUCGGGAGUUUCGCUUUCACAUCCCUAUCUGAACUUGUACUGCAGUAUAUGAUCGUUGGUGAACUGUUAUUAACUAUCAGAGGCACAGUUAGCACAUCGACCGUCUCAAAAUUGCUCGGUAAAUCUUCUGACGUUUCAUGAGUCCAACGCAAUUUGGUUUUCACUGAGAGGGAUAAAAGGUCAAACAAAACGCCUAAAUCAUGGACGCGGUGAACAAUGGCGUCGUGGUCUGUGUGUUGCGCACCUGCGCUGUGACAUUGUACAGUGUAAGUGUUUUGGUGAUUUUCACCGUCGCGUCGAGAGAUCAGGCGCCAUGCAAACACACACACACACACACACACACAGUCGCUCUCUCUUUCUCUCAGUUCGGCAGAAUGUUAUAAUGCUGCCUUUAUGUGCUAUCGGAAUCAUCCUUCUUCCCACUUCUGCAGUGGUCAUUACGAGUAUGUCAUGUUCAUAUGCUUUGUUGUCGGAAAUAACAUGAAACAUGGACGACGCCAGGUUCAUUCAUUCAAAAUUAUCUCCGAGUUUCCCAGUAGUAAUAACGACUUGAGGGGUCAUUCAUGUACCACUUCCUAGUGGGAAACUCGUAUUUACGAUAAUUACGGUAACACGUGAAGGCAGCAUAAAUCACAAAGCAGAUAGCAGUACAGGUAGAUUUAACUAAAUGUUAUACAAAGAAUGCACAUAUAUAUCUGCAUCUGUGUAUAAACAAAACAAACACAAUAAACAAAAACAUAACAAGCAAACAACAAAAAAACUGACUGGUAAGUAUUUGAGCAAAUAGUGCAUAUUGAUGAUAUGAUCCGAACCUUUUCCAAAAUUUUAGCGUUCCUUUUUGUACAGUAAUCAUUUGGUAUCAGUAUUUUUCAGGCACCUACAUUUACAAGUAGCUUCGCGGGGUUGACAGGUUUCCCUGGUGGUCUAGUGGUUAGGAUUCGGCGCUCUCACCGCCGCGGCCCGGGUUCGAUUCCCGGUCAGGGAAGGCGGCAUUAAGCUUGUGAACAACCCACACACUCUGCAUAACUGUACAUCGACACAGCACACUGAACAUCGGCACUGUGCACACACAGACAAGUUUAUGUGAUUAGUACACUUCAUGUGAAAUCAGGCAAAUGGAGGGCAUUUACGUGACAGUCCGAACAUCAUUAGCCCCUCUCUCAGGAUCAUACAACAUUCUGUGGGUCUCUCUGAUCGGUUCUCAGUGUGAGUGUCCACCAGUUAGGCCUUUUACAGAUGCACAGUGUCUCCUUCCUGGUUCGAGCUGUACUGUUCUGGUCAAGCCGGAUGAGGAAAUAGGCACAGUAGUUCUGGUGCGUUUGCGGCUUGAGGCUCGGCCUGGCUUCCCCAAUCUUGACUGGCACUGUCUGGACGUGCAGCUGAAACUGAGCUCUGAUGCCACAGAAGUGGAGUGCUUUCCCUGCAACAGGUGGAUCAGAACUGCAGAUGGUGAUGUGGAGCUCCGCAGCAAUAGAGUGUGCCUGUUGAAUUGCGAGUCACUGCAGAUACUUCGAGAGCACAGGGCCAGGGAUGUCCAGAAUAAACAAAAACAUAUCAGAUGGAGGACUUUUGUUGAAGGUGGCCUCCGUUGCAUUGACAUGUCCAGUGUGCAGGCCCUGGGUCCCAACUUGGGUUUCACCCGAAAAAGCCCAGGUGUCAAUGUGCACUACCUUAGGGGUUUUAUUGAUAGAGCUGAAUCAUGGAGUAGCAUGAAGGAACUGGAGAUGCUAUUCAUCCACAAUGGAAAAGAUAACACAGUUGCCAAGUAUGUUCAGGCUAACUGGAAAGAGGAUGCCUUUUUUGGUUAUCAGUGUCUGAAUGGAUGUAAUCCUCUAAUCAUCAGACAGAUCCACUGCCUCCCACCUAAUCUAGCUGUCACAUCUACGAUGCUCAAAGAUUUCCUACCAGAGGGUUCUUCUCUGGAGCAGGAGUUAGAGAAAGGAACUAUAUUUCUCCUGGAUUAUGAAGUACUGGAUCAGUUACCUGCCAAUGUUAUCAACGGCAAACAGUCAUACCUGGCUGCUCCACUGUGCCUCCUGCAUUACAACCAACAUGGAGAGCUGAAGCCUAUAGCGAUCCAGCUUCAGAAAACCGCUGGGCCUCAAAAUCCUGUCUUCCUGCCUUCCGACUCUGCACCUGACUGGCUGUUAGCAAAGAUAUGGGUCCGUAACGCAGAUUUCCAGGUUCACCAGUUGCUCUCCCACUUCCUUCGUACUCACAUGGUAGGAGAAGUGUGCUGCAUCGCCACGCUUCGGAAACUGCCAGAAAUACACCCUCUGCAUCAGCUUCUGAUGCCUCAUUUAAAGAAUUCUCUUCAGAUCAAUAUCCAGGCACGAACUUCUCUUCUGAGUGCUAAUGGUGUAUUUGAUAAGGCUAUAGGCUGUGGCAUUAAGGCAAUGCCUCUUCUGCUUGCUCGAGGCACUGACCGACUACGCUACACUUCACUGUGUGUCCCGGAUGACCUGAAAGAGCGAGGACUGGACAAACUGCCCAACUGUUACUAUGCACAGGAUGCUCUGAGGGUGUGGAAUGCACUUUACAGGUUUGUGGCAGGCUGGGUGGAAUUGUAUUACCACAAUGACCAGGAGGUCCAGCACGACUCAGAACUCCAGAGCUGGAUCCAAGAGAUUCACACUGAGGGAUUUCUUGGUUUUACCCACACAGGUUUUCCACAGUCAUUUCAGACCACAGCAGCACUGAGCAAGUACAUCACCAUGGUGAUCUUCACAUGCUCAGCACUGCAUGCGGCUGUCAACUUUUCUCAGGUGGACUUCAACUUAUGGAUGCCAAACUGCCCGGCUUCCAUGUUACGGCCCCCUCCUCAGGUGAAAGGCUCAGUGACAGAAGAAGAGCUUUUGUCAUUCCUCCCUGAUGUAAACAGCACCUGCAGUGUGCUCAUUGUACUGUUCCUACUAUCACAGCCUACUCUUGACUAUGUGCCCUUGUGCCAGUACUGUGAGUGGUACUUCAGCAGCGGCGCCCCUCACAAGCUUGUUGAAAUGGUACAGCAAGACCUGAGGGACAUCGCUCAUGACAUCCUCAAGAGGAACCGCAAACUGGAGCUAGCUUACCCCUACCUCUGCCCAGAUAACAUUGAAAACAGUGUAGCUAUCUAAAAAAAAUGAUUUAAUCAACAUUCAGUACCUAAACAAAACGAAUCACACAAUAAGCAUAAUUAGAUUAUGUUGCUUUUUAAGUUUUUUACAAUACAUCUUUUGAAGGCUUAGUGCAUAGUUUGAAAACUAAUUAAAGAUUUUGGAAAGCUGCAUGAAUCUUGUUAAUUCUGUUUCAGUGCACACAGAUAUGUAACUAAAUUGACUGGUAGUGAAAAAAACAAAACAAAAUAACAUUGGCUGCAUAUAUUUACUGUUUAAAUAUAGCAUAAGAGAUAACACAUAACAGAUAGAUGUGUUUCAGUUUUUUGUGGAUGUCACUCUAAGACACAAGGUAUAAUCAAAAAUAAAGAUACACAGGUUAUCAUCAAAUUAAUUAUUGAAACUUACUUCACCACCUCUGUUGAAAUUACAAUCUUGUGGCCUAUGUGAGCUAAGUUUUAGGCUGGGAAAUCUAAAAAGUAUCCGAAAUUUAAUGAUAAUAUCCAGACCUGUUGUAUGGCAAUAUUGUGAAUCACAGUUCUUUAAGGUUAUCUAAGAUAGGAAAUUAUAUGAUUAUUAUCAGUGUAGAAACAUUUUUUUAAUUACAACUGGCAACUAUAUAUAAUAAGGUUGACAUGUUUUGACAGAAACUGAUAGCUAUAAUAUACAGAGAUCUCCAUUAAAAAUUCAACACAGACUAUGUGUAUUUGUUAACAGGUUUUCUGAAAUAGGUUAUUUGAAAGCUAUCACUCCUUCCCAAUGGGAUGUUAAGUUUAUGGCUGCUGUAUGUACUGUGUCCAGAUAUUUGAUUCCUGGGUGAUGGAAACCACUCCACCAGUGAGUAAGCAAAUUCUAGGCAAAUUUUGGUUUUCCAUAUGGGAGAAAAUAUUCAAAGUAUUCACAUCCAGUGUGCUGAUGUAAGAUGCUCUAUGCUCUUACACACACUGUGGCUAUAUCAACCAGACCAACGUUCUGGGUAAGACCAACAUUCCGUUCAGGAACUGCUUCAUUGCGUGUCAGUAGUCAGUGUAAAUAGAAGUGCAAAUAGAGUUGCAUACACACCAUAGUGCUAGGGCCUAAGGAGUACACAUUUUAAUGAGAGGCCCACACUUAGAUCAAAAUGGGCUACUGGCAACAUUGAGCUGCUAGUAUUUAUGCUUCACCUGAACAACAUCCUGUACUUAAAUCCUCAAAAUAGGAUCCAGGAUGCAGCUAUGGUCUUUGUAGAUUAAACUCUUAGGCCCAAACUCAUAUGCCACUGCUAUGGUUUCCACCGGCCAGUGUGAUUAUACAUUGCUUAGAAAAAGAGUCACCUAUAUAAAAUGUAACAACAACUAGCUGGUUAAUGCAAGCAUGCAAGCCAUUGUACCAAGAAAACGUAGAUAUGACUGUGUACUGCUCCUUACAGUUUCAUGCAAGUUAAUUUGUUCAUUGCUAGUUAUUAAUAAAAACAGAU